AUGCGAAGAGGCUUUCUGCUCGGUCCGAGUGCCGGCGGAUCUGCAGGCGGUCGAUCGUCCUCCGACAACGGUCCGAGUGGGGUUCGCUCGAGCUCCGACAGAGGGCCAAACGCCGAAUCGUCCGCAGGCGGUCGAACAUCCUCGAGGAGCCCUCGUGGGGAUCGCUCGAGUGGAUCGUCUCAGGUCGGCCGGCCCAGCAAAGAGGAAGGCAUAUCAGAGGAGUUCAAGGAGCGAGCCAAGCAGCAGCUACGCCGCAUGCAAGCACUCGGACUGGAUGUGUUCGUUUCGGAUUCUGGCGAGAUCUUCUCUCAAGAGGACUUGAAGCAGCUUCUUGGAAUCAAGUAG